CGAAAAUUGUGGAGCGGCACUGUCAGUUUUAACGUGACUUGGCGCCAAUGCAAAUCGAGGUUACUUGUCCGAUAAACAUAGCUUUACUCAAGUAUUGGGGUAAAAGUGAUGAUUUAAACAUUUAUCCAUCCACCUCUUCCAUAAGUCUUACUUUAAACCAGUCUCAUGUCGGAACCAGAUCUAAAGUGUUAACAAGGAAUGACCUCAAGGAGUCACUGUUCAAACUUAACGGAAAGUGGGUCAUCGGAUUGCUCGUGAGUAUUUCUUAGGAUCAUGCAAUUUCCAGGCAGGCUUUUAGAUGUAAUAAUAGUUGCGCAGUUGCGUUCUAGACUAGACGGAAGGUUGGUCCCUUCUUUUUUGAGUGUGGAAUCUGAAAAUAAUUUUCCGACAUCUGCAGGGAUGGCAUCUAGUGCAUCUGGGACUGCAGCGUUCGCAUUUGCAUUAGGAAAGAUGUAUGGUUUGGAUGGUGACUACACUUCCCUUUCUCGGCGUGGCUCUGGAUCAUCAUGUCGGAGCUUACUAGGAGGGUUUGUGCAGUGGUCUAGCAACCAUACAGACCACACUUAUCACUCUUCUGUCCAACAGCUGUUUCCUGCAUCGCAUUGGUCAGAGCUUAGAGUUCUUAUAUGCGUUACUAAUGAAAACCCUAAACCUGUUGGCUCGACUGAUGCAAUGCUUUGCUGCGUAAAAACUAGUGAUUUGUUUCGAAAUGGCCGUGUACCAUCUGCUAAAAUACAUGAGAAAGAGAUUAUUUCAGCCUUAAAAAAUCGUGACUUCUCUGCAUUGGCAGAAGCGACUAUGCGUGAAAGUAACCAACUGCAUGCUUUAUGCCUUGAUACCUGGCCACCCUGUAUUUAUCUUAAUGAAUUAAGCCAUUCUAUAAUGGAUUUCGUUCACAACAUAAACAAUUAUUUUAUGAAAAAUGUGGUUGCUUACACGUUUGACGCUGGUCCAAAUGCUUUUUUACUGACUGAAUCACAAAAUAUUUCCAUUGUUUUGAAAUAUCUUGUUGAAUGUUUUGGUUAUACGGUGGGAGCCGAUAGCUCUGUUAAUGAUGCGGAUAAAAUUACCAUCAAAUGUCUGAAUUCAAAUAAGUAUCUGAAAGUUACUGGGAUUCCCUACGGUUUGUCAGAUAAACCGUUAGAUCAGAAUCUCUUGAAAAUAUUGCCCUCUAUUUCUGGUGGUAUUAAAUACUUGAUCAGUACUGAAGUAGGUAGUGGUCCACAGCUUAUAUCAUUCAUUCAUUGAAGAUACUCGAAUCAGAUGGAAAGUGGACAAAUAGAAACACGUGGUCAACUAUUUUUUUGUAAAAUCAUCAAUAGCUGUUGAAAGAUUUAUUUUAAAUCCAUUUUACUGUCUAUUGUUUAUGAUUGUUCAUACUGGUAUUUUGAUUAUUGAUCACAUAUAGCUUGUUCGAUUCCCUUUUAAAGCAACUGAAUAAGUUAGGUUGACCAAUUUUUUUCAGACUAAAUAAACCAAGGAAGUUGUGUCAGAACGAUGAUCUAAAUGCGCAAGGACUAACAAUUUUUGUAAUAAAAUUAGUGUUAAGAAUAUGGCUUCAAACAUGAUCACUUACUACCUCCCACGAUAUCAACAACCUAUCUGAUUUAUCCUUUUUGGUAAUAAAAAAACUUGGUCUUAUUUAAUAA